AUGAUGCAUAUUCCGACAUACGGCGUCGAAGCUUUUCCGACGCCCAAUUCCGGCGAACUUCCGGUGUUUUGCAGGAGCACAAGCUUCAGCAGCCUUAUUCCAUGUUUGACGGAGAAUUGGGGUGACUUGCCGUUAAAGGUUGAUGAUUCAGAGGAUAUGGUGAUUUACGGCAUUUUGCGUGACGCAGUUAGUGUUGGAUGGACUCCGUUUAAUUUCUCAGGUAAAGAAAUUAAAGCCGAGACAACUCCGUUUAAUUUCUCCACUAAAGAAGUUAAACCCGAGCUGACACCGUUUAAUUUAUCCAGAAAAGAAAUUAAAGCCGAGUCUACUGAAUUAGAGACGUCGACGCCAGCUACCUACACACCUCCGUCACAGGCAUCGCCGGUGAAGAUAGAAGAAGCGGUUUCAACAUCCGCGGCGGCGGCGUCGCCGAAGGGAAAACACUACCGGGGUGUGAGACAACGACCGUGGGGAAAGUUUGCGGCGGAGAUAAGAGACCCAGCUAAAAGUGGCGCGAGGGUGUGGCUUGGGACGUACGAAACGGCUGAAGAAGCCGCGACGGCGUACGACAUAGCAGCAUACAGGAUGCGUGGCUCGAAGGCUUUGUUGAACUUCCCACACAGAAUCGGCUUGAAUGAGCCUGAGCCAGUGAGGGUUACAUCAAAAAGAAGAUCUCCUGAGCCGUCAACAUCGGCUUCAUCGGCUUCUGUAAGUGGCUCGCCUAAGAGGAGAAAUACAAAAGUGACGACGGCUGAGCACGUGGAGCCGGAAGUGCAGAGCCGAUCGUCAAAUGUGGUUGACGCCGUUAAUGGUUAA